AUAAAGGGUGAAGCCUGCUGGCCUGGCAGGCAGGAAAGCUCAGGUCCACUCCAGCAGGCACCAGCUCCAGGGACCCCAUAGGCUUUGCUAAUCCUGUAGGUAGGUGCCAGAGGGGGAGGACCAGCUUGCACUAUGAAUCCGUGGCUCCUGGUCUGCCUGGUGGGCUGCUUCGUGGUUGCCUGGGCUCCCACUGUCCACGCUCAAGGUGCCUUUGAGGACUGCUGCUUGGCCUACCACCCCCGGGCCAGGCUGUCCGUGCUGCGGCACGCCCAGAGUUACCAUCGCCAGGAUGUGAGCGGGAGCUGCAACCUACCUGCUGUGAUAUUCUUCUUACCUCAGAAAAACAAGAUGGUGUGUGGGAGGCCAGGGGCCAGGUGGGUUGUGGCUGGGAUGAAGAUUUUGGAUGCCCGGAAAAAGAGCCAGUCAAAGCACCUGGAGAAGCAUCACGGCACCCGGAGAAACUUCCCAGUCCCUCACUCUGGGGUGAGGAAAUCGAGCUCUGGAACCUCAGCACUUCCAUUGUCGAGGUUCAGGGUCUCCACCAGAAACAGCAAGUGGAAAACUUCCCUCCUGUCAACUGCUAAUCCAGGACCGUGAGCCCACACUACUCCAGGAUCUGCCCACACGAGAUGGGCCGGGCCUCUCUCUGCCACAGUCAUCACUCUGCGGCCUUGACUGCCCCAGCCCCUCUGUCCUCCUGGGCAAAUCUCAACCCCUGUACCUGAGGCUGUGCCCGGCCUCUCCCUGUCACCCCUGCCACCUCCUGCCCCUCCAGCAGCUGGAACCAGGGAGCCCUGUUACUUCAAGCCCUGCGCCUGCUCCAGGCACCAGUCACGCCUGCCUGGGUAACCAUUCUCGGAAAGAACCUGCCUGCAGGGACACACCUACCUGCAUCCCUCUGGGUCCCUGCAGAGCUUCAGUUCUCUCCCAGGACGUGCUUCCAAAACUUUUAAAUAAACCAAAGAUGGGACGCCA